CAUUCCCCUGUUAGGCUACAUAACAGUGAAUAAGUUGUGAACAUGUCUAGCUCUUUGUUAAUAGCCUAAUAACAAAUUGAGAGGGAUUGGGGUUAACCCUGUUUUUCUCCCCUUCGACAACAUUACGAUCAGCCUAGCCUGUCUCAAAUCAGACCCCAACCCCGAAAGCCUAAACUUUUGUUUCUGAUUCUGACCCCGGAUCAGUUGCUAAGGGUGAAAAGUAUGCUAUGCUGGUUGAGAGCUGGAGCACACCGAGGCGGAGUUAAACUGUACGGCUCUGACGCUGUUUUGCGCGAGGGGGACGUAGGUAGGCUACAAGAGUGCAACUUGUGAAUGAAGACAUCGAGUGCCUGGCUUUGUCGUCGAGGAAUGAAAAUGUGAUCAACUGUCCCGAUUCCACCAGGAGUUGGGGAAAAGGAGACUACGAAAGAAUUUCCAAGGCAAACAAUGGACGCCGUUAUAAAAUGUCCCAUGUGGCUUUUGUGGAGCGGACUAGUACUGCUGCCGUUGUGGAGCCGAAUCGCACUCGGAGCCUCCUUCUAUGGUGAUGGCUUUGUGCAGCUGAAGACGGUGGAGUCCUCCAGCCGUACCACGCUGCACGUCAGGUUCCGCACAUCCAGUUUCAAUGGACUGCUGUUCCUGGCUGCAGGUCAGGAUGAGUACUGCCUGGUGGAGCUACAUUCCGGUCGGCUCCAGGUGAGGUUAGAGUUGGGGUCUGGAGAGCGCACGCUUCGAUCAGAGAAGGUUACCCCUCUGAACGACCUGGCCUGGCACUCGGUGGAGCUGAAACACCAGAACCUCGACGUCACGCUAACAGUGGACAAGCACUUCCAUACCAGCCUGAAGAUGCCAGGGCCAGAGAGGGAGCUCAACAUCCAGGAAGGUCUCUAUGUGGGUAGUACGGGAGGCCUGGACAAGCCCUAUCUUGCCAGCUACCCAGCAGGCUUCAGAGGCUGCAUUGAUGAGGUGCUCUUCAAUCAGCACAACCUCCUGUCGUCACUCAGACCCUAUUCUGGCUACAAAAGCGUCUACGAAGUCUCGCUCGGUUGCAGCCCGCAGUUCCUGGCCAGCGUCGAUGAUCCCAUCAGCUUCUUCAGCUCCAGAGCCUAUAUUUCCCUCCCACUCUGGAGUGUGCAGCAGGAGGGUGCGUUUGAAUGUAUAGUGCACACAUCAGCUGAAGAGGGGAUUAUCCUGUACAGCGCUGCACGUCAGGGGGACUUUGUCGCUAUGGAGAUCCGUGAGGGCUUGCUGGUUGCGGUUGUGGGAAAAAGUGGGUCCAAGACAGAGCUGCGUUCCCUGACAUUUAUUAAUGACCUGAAGUGGCACCCUGUCAAGCUUCACUUCACCGCCAAGAGCCUUGAGCUGACUGUGGAUGAAGAGACUGUGAAAACAAGCCUCAGCUCUCGUGCCAGGUCUCUGCAGUUGAAGGGAUCCCUCUUUAUUGGGGGCAUUGAUGACAGUACACGCACAGAGGUCAGGAAAACGGGGCUCGCCUCCUUAUCAGGAAAACGAGUCAGAGGAGGCUCUUUCAAAGGCUGCCUGAGGGACAUCAAAGUCAACACUUUAAAUGUGGGUCUUCCGAACACUGUGGUCACUAAAGAUAUAUCUGUGGGAUGUGAGCCUGAGAAAGAACCAGAACCAACCCCCACAGUACCUCUCCAUGUGACUCCAACGCCACCAGUCCACUUGUCCACACUCGCCAAGGGAUUGGAUAAGAAACGUGGACAGAACUUCCUACUGCUUAAGGACCUUGUGGUUCCUGAAGGUGGAAGAGCAUCUUUGGAGUCUAAGCACAUAAAAGUGAACCUGGAUUUUAAGAAGUUGGGGAUCCGACAGUCUCAGAUUGUGUUCAGGAUUGAGGAGCAGCCAGUUCACGGUCAGCUAAGGCUGGAUAUAGAUCAAGACCAAGAGGAGAACACCUUCAGCAUGCUGGAUCUGUGGCAUGGAAGGGUUAUGUACAUUCAUGGGGGCUCAGAAGACCCACAGGACUUCUUCAUGUUCUCCGUUUUCAGUAGCAGUAAGCGGGAAGUCCCUGCUUACCUGAAGGGAAAUAAGCUGUACCAAUACAACAUCACCAUCACUCCGACUAACGAUGCCCCUGAAUUGAGUCUUCCUGAAGGGAACCUUUUUGUGCUGCUGGAGAACUCAAAGAAGCGCUUGAGCAGUGAUAUCCUAAAAGCCACCGACAUAGACAGCAACUACACCGACCUCAUCUUCUCUGUACUAGGAAACCUCAAUGCGGAUGCUGGGUUUUUGGAAAGCGAGGACAGUCCAGGCAAAGCGGUGACCACUUUCUCACACAUGGACUUGGAGAGAGGGCGAAUAAGUUAUGUCCACACUGGGGUCAGGACCUCCAGGAUUGUGCUACGAGUCAGUGAUGGAGACAAAGUGAGCAACACUGUGGUGCUGAGGAUCAUGGCCAUCCCAUUGGAGCACAGAAUUGCCAACAACACAGGACUAGAGGUGACACAGGGUGAUGCAGCCGUCAUAGGAACAGAGCAGCUGGCUGUGCAGACUAAUGCUGUGAAGCAGGUAGUCGAGAUCCGCUAUGAUGUGACAGAGCCACCUCAGUUCGGGGAGCUGCAGAGGUUGCACUCCAGUGGGGAAUGGAAGGCCACUAAUGUGUUCUUCCAAAGGCUGCUGGAGAAGGAGCGUCUGAGGUAUCUCAGCACCUUCCGAGAGAUUCAGAUGACUAAUGUCACAGAUCACUUCAUAUGUAAGGUCAGUAUUGGAACCAUGGCCACUGAUGAAGUAAUCAUCCCGAUCUCUGUAAAGUGGAUCCGUUAUAAAUUGGUUAGAAAUAAAAUGGUAGAUGUGGACAAAGUGCGUAAAGUACCGUUGAGCUCUGAGCAUCUUUAUGCAGUUGCCCAAGGGGUGAAACUUUCUGAAGGUGAGCUUUACUUCAGACUUCUGACAGUUCCAAUGAAAGGAAAUGUUCUCCUAAACAAUAAGGUAUUAAAGAAAAACUCAGCAUUUAGCCAAAAGAAUAUCACAGAUCUGAAGGUUGAGUAUGCGCUUGUUGAUAGGCCACGUGAUGACACAAGGGACAUGUUCACCUUCCAGGUGUUUUCCAGACAUGCUCAUUCUGCAAGCUAUGACUUCCAGAUUAGUAUUAAGGCUGAUGUCAACAGUGUAAUCUUACUAAAUUUAGGCCUGUUUGUAAUGGAAGGGGAAAGCAAGGUCAUUACCAAAGAAAGGCUCUUUUCAGAAACGUUAAGCACCAAAACAAUGUUCUACACCGUGAUCAACAGCCCUAAACAUGGGAAGUUAAAACGUAUAAACCUCUCCAGCUCCACUUCCAGCAAUGAUAAUAUUACGGCUUUCACCAAUCAGGACAUCUUGGAGGAACGGCUUAUGUAUGUACAUGACGACAGCGAAACCACAUACGACCAGUUCACAUUCAUUGCCUCUACCAGUCAGGCGUCUCCGUCCACUCUUAUUAGGGAAGAGAAUGGUGCUUUGGAGGCAACUUUUAACAUCUCAAUCCAGCUGGUCAAUGACGAGAAGCCUGUGCGCAUCAUCGAUAAAGUUUUCCACGUGGUCAGGGAAGGGCAGAGGCUACUUACACUGGAGGACCUUUGCUACCAUGAUGCAGACUCAGACUUCAGUGAUGGGCAGCUGGUCUACACCCGCCGUGGCAUUCCCAUGGGGGAGCUCGUCCUGGCGAACGACACAUCCCGAAAGCUCCACCAGUUUUACCAGGAGGAUCUGGAGCAGAAGCGUGUGCUUUUUGUGCAUCGCGGUGUGAGCUUCGGCCGAUUUGUUCUGUUUGUGUCGGACGGGAAGCACUACGCGUCAACGCUGCUGGAUGUUAGCGCGCAGGAUGCAUACCUGAAGGUAGGCAACAACACGGGCCUGCUGGUGCAGAAAGGGAAAGAGGGAGUGCUCAGCUCUAGUAACUUCAGCGUGCUCACCAACAUGGACAUCAGAGAAGACUCCGAGAUCACCUACAAGCUCUACGUCCCACCAAAGCAUGGCGGGCUGUACCGCAACAACCUGUUGGUGGACGCUUUCACCCAGCAUGACCUGAAACUAGGCCUCUUGGUCUACCGUCAUGAUGAUAGCAGGAACCUGGGAGACUUUUUCAAUUUCACAGUGAAAGCAAAGGACAUGCGCCUUGAUGCCAGCGUGAACGUCAAGGUAUACUUGGAAAGCCACCAGCGGCCUCCCAAGAUCAUUCAUCACAACACUCUCCUGGUUGAGGAAGGCAAGCCUGUGAAGAUCACUAAAAGGCAACUGGAGGUUACUCAUGAGGAUAACUUGCCAUCAGAGAUUGAGUUCACUGUAAAGGUGCCCCCCUCUCACGGUUACCUGAGAAGCUUUGCAGAGAGUGAGGAGCGUUAUAUGGGGACAGAGCGGACACCGAUCCAGACCUUCACCCAGAAGGAGAUUAACAAGGGGAAUAUCCAGUAUGUACAGGUGACUGCUGACCAGGUGAAUGACACCUUCGUUUUGGAUGCCACCAACGGGAUCACUGAAGUCAGUGACAUCAGGAUGUGGGUGGACAUCAUCCCACAGCUCAUUCCGCUCCAGGUAUUCAAUGUCUCCCUGAAGGAGGGGUCCACAAAAGCACUGACCGAGGAGGUCAUCAAAGUUACCAACCAACACUUUGCUGGCCUUGACUUCCAGUACUUUGUCUCUGAACCUCCACAUCAUGGCCACAUCGAGCAUUCACGCCUCCCAGGGGUACACAUAACCACUUUCACCAGGAAACAGGUUGAACAAGAGUUCAUUUACUACGUCCAUGAUGAUAGUGAGACCGUAGCUGAUAACUUCACUAUCAUUGCCAAUGACACUGAUCUUCGGAAACAUAGCCUGCCGCGGACGUUGUUUGUCAACGUUACUCCAGUUAAUGACGAGCCACCGAUUGUAACAGCCAACAGGAUCCUGAGGGUUUGGGUGGGCUCCGUCACGGAGGUCACAGCCGAUGACCUGAAAGCCCAGGACAAGGAUUCACCCCCAGAGAAGCUGGAGUUCAUCAUCACCCCGCCCAGCAAUGGCCACCUGGCCUUGAAGAGUGCCCCCGGCAGACCCAUCCUCAACUUCACCCAGGCUCACAUCGACCAGGGCCAGCUGGUGCUGGUGCACAGUGGCGCCAUGUCAGGGGGCUUCAAUUUCCAGGUGAACGAUGGGGUGAACUUCGCUCCCCGCCAGAUCUUCAGCAUCACGGCCAGGACGCUGGUCCUCAGUGUCGAGAGGAACUGGCCUCUGAAAGUGUUCCCCGGCUCCUCAACGCCAAUUUCCACUGAGGAUCUGCAAGCAGUCACCAAUGACAAUGACAUCACAGGGAAUCGUACCAUUGUCUUUACUGUCAUUGGUCCACCAAAAUUAGGGAAGCUGGUCAAAAAGCAGGCAGACAACUCCACUGCCGAGGUGUUCUCCUUCACCCAAAGCAUGGUGGACGAGGGUGUGAUAUUUUAUGAACAAAACGGUGCUGAAUUUGUGGGAUGGAGAGCUGUGGACUCAUUCAGCUUCACUUUGUCAUCUCCCCCCGCUGCCCUUGAAGCCCAAAUAUUUACAAUUGACAUCUCGUAUGAAAACACUGGCCCAGAACAUAGAACGCUUCUCCUUGCAAAUACAGGUGCCGUGGUGAUUGAAGGUGACAGAGUAGUAAUUGACAAGUCAAAGCUUGACGCCUCUAAUCUAAUGGCUAAGCUGCCUGAGUCGCAGGGUCAGUCCUAUGAAGUCUGGUAUCAGGUGAGCUCCCUACCUCAGCAUGGGGUCAUCGUCGUGGGGGAGCGUAAUCUGACCAAGGAGAAGCCCAACUUCUCCCAGUAUAUACUCAACAAGUUUGGGAUCACUUACAUACACGACAACUCAGAGACGACCCAUGACAGCUUCAGCUUCGAUGCGUGGUUGAACCUGAAGAGCAAGCCAGCCCAGCGCCCCAUGGAUGACAGUGAGGUGGUGGAAGAUUCCUUCAACAUUACGGUGACACCUGUCAACGACCAGCCUCCUGUACUCAAGACCAAGGCCCCAAGCGUGACGGUGGUGCAGGGAGAUGUGGUUCUCGUGGGGCCAGACAAUCUGAACGUAGUGGACAUGGACAACCCUCCUGAAGAUAUCAGGUAUACUGUGAUCAGCAAACCCAACAAUGGCUUUCUGGCCAUGGAGGGCAGUUUGAAUGAGUCCGUCCUGGCUUUCACCCAAGCAGAUAUCAACAGCAAUAAACUUUAUUUCAUCCAAGACGGAAGCCCCUUCUCCGGGGUAUUUUACUUCAGUGUUACAGAUGGUCAGCACCGGCCGGUUUACAAACUUUUCAAUCUGGAGGUGACUGAGAUCACAGUUUCACUUGUAAAUAACACAGACCUGGUGCUAAAGCAGGGUCAGACCACUGCAGUUAUCACAUCUCAGCAUCUGGCUGCAGAGACCAAUGGGAAAAACACAACCAUCCAUUACCGGGUGACAGGGCCUCCAAGUCAUGGCAAACUUCUCAUAGACAGUGAGGAAGCUGCUGUGUUUGACCAGAGCGAUCUCCAGUCUGGCAGGUUGUCCUACCUUAUGACAAACCUCACGUGGCCCCAGGACAGCUUUGAGUUCACUGCUUUCACGUCCGAGAGUAAUCUAACGGAGCAGGUGGUUAACAUCACCGUGACGGCCCUGAUCCACCUGGGAGAAGGUGUACGGAUCCCUAACGGCAUUCCCAUGAAACUACGAAAGGACGCCCUCAAUGCCACCGAGUUAGCCGUCCUUAGUGGCAGCGACCCUCACUUUGAAGUCCUCUCCCCUCCAAAACAUGGAAAGCUGGUCAAAGCCACGUUUGACAUGGACGGGACAUUUCAGCCUGUCACGUCCUUCUCAUUCCAAGAUGUGGAACAAGGACGGGUGGCCAUCGAGGAGAACGCAAACUUGACUGGGGUCCAGCAGCUCAAUGACUCGUUUGUGUUCAUUUUAAAAGCUGAUAAUGUCCAGCCUGCGAGAGGAGAGUUUCUGUUCACCGUUGUGCCACCACAUGAUCUCACUCUGGGAAAGCCAGCCAUAACGGUGAGCCCCACUCCGACUAACGCAUCUGCCUUGAAGAACCAAACUGCAGUGACUGCGGCGACUGUGUCCCCAGUGCACACUGUGUCUGACUCUGUGGCACCAACACACAGGGCCCACAAGACCUUAUCCAAGUUCAAAGGCCGGCACCGCUGGGGUAAUCAUAACCAUAAUCGGACACACGCGUCCGACACAACUGUCCCAAAGACCACCUCUGGGAAGCGGGACCUCCCCCACAAGAACACCCCGGUGCGGGUGGAGUCUGUCCCCAAGCCCGCCUCCGACCCUCUCCUCAUCAUCCUCCCCCUGCUGGCCUGCCUGUUGCUAAUCAUCAUCCUGGUUGUGCUGAUCCUGGUUUUCCGUCACCGGAGGGAGAAGCGGGCCCAGCCCAGCUUGAUCCAGAACCUGUCUAUCAACACAGUCCCAGGAAGCCCCUAUCUGGGGCGGCCAGAGAGGAGCCUUACUGUGCCCUCAGUCAUCGUCACCCCCAUGACCCCCAGCUGCCCCGGCAGUCCCAUUUUGGAUGGGUUUCACGAGGGUGCCCUGGUUCCUGUGGUCAGCCCCCAUGGUUCCUCUCUGCUCGUCUGCUCCUGGAACAAUCUGGAUCCAGAAACUGCCCAGCAUUGCCGAGCCACCCAUCCCACCCUGCGGGACAACCAGUACUGGGUGUGAAUCCCGGCUAGGUCUUUACUUAAUUCUCAGCUGCUGGUCGGCUAGAGGAAUAAGUUUAAACACAAGGCCAUUUUAUUCUUUUUUUUUUUUUUGGAAAUUGUUACCUGCCAAAAAUAUUCAUAGUAUUGUCUAUGAGUUUGCAAAUAAAGUGACAGAUAAUGGUUGUCAAAUGUUUAGUAAUACACUGUUUUCGUGGGAUCUUAGGUAUGCUUUGAGAGAUUGACAAUGAAUUGUGGAUCUUUUCCACAAUUUGGUGGUCUUGUUUUUUCUGUAUAUUCCAGAAUGUAUCAAGUUUAAAUGUUUUGUGUAAAUGUGACAUUUGGGAUGUUACUACAAAAGAAACUGUGACAUUUUUCCUUGCUUGAUGUGUUUUUGUGUAUAUUGUGGCAGGUAGACAUGUCUUGGUAUGAAACAACUAUACUAGUAAACAUGAAAAAGUCUGUACUGCUAGUUAAGAUUGACAUCAUUUCUGAACCAAAUGUCUACCUGAUCUCUAAAAUCAUCUUGACAUUUCUGAUAAUAGUUUUAGUAGGCCUUUGCUGUUAAUUAAUACUGUAAUCAGUGUUAACAGUAGCACACAUUUUUUUCAGUAACUAAUUAGCUAAGCAACAAAAUCUAAUUUCUCUUGAACAGAGGCUUGAACAUUCUGUCUUAAGAAAUAAAAUGUAAAUGAUGGCAGUAGGACAUUUAAAGAAUGGAUUUAACUGUAGUGCAUAGGGAGAUUUGAGGUGGCAUUCAACCACAAACCAGAGAGAUUUUUACAUUUCCCUUCUGGAACCUUAUUAAAACUUUAAGAAGGAAAGUCAAACUCAAGGCAGCAGGCACCACCCAACAGCUGGCUCUGUGUGGGGGUGUUUCUGUUGCCUCAGAAUUGCACAGAUACUGUUAUUUUUCUUUCUCUGUUGAUGUUUUAUGAGUAAUUGGGAGCAGAAUGUAAGUUACUUUUCAUAUGAGAAUAAUUGUUUUGGUUAUUUUAGUUACAUCUUCAUACGCUAUUUUAUUAUUGUCAAGAGUACAUAUGUGGGAAGGUCAGACAGUCAGUCAGACAGGAAAUGUGCUGCUCCAUAAACUGCAUACACUGCAUCCUGCAAUGUGCCAAAAUGUGCAGGGUAAGCAAAAAUUAAACUGCAUUAGAAAUGAAAAAGGGCAUGUCGGUUGGCGAUUUAUACAGAUUUUUUCUCAGGAAUUGUAAUCCUCUUUCAGAAUGAUGAAAGGAAUUAUCCUUCUUUGAGUACUACUGGUCUUGUGUACUACUGACUUGGACUGUUAGGGCAGAAUCAGUUAUUAGCAUCACCAUUGUCAGUUCAAAUAGAUGCUUACAAUUUAUUGAGGUUUGGAAUAUUAGCAGCUAAAACAGUGUUGCGCUACGUUUUUUGGAAUUCAUAAAGCAGCUUCACAUGCCAAUUCAUUGCCUCUGUUGUAGUAUCGUAUUUACUAAACAGACAUUUUAUUAGACAAUUAUAUUUAGACAAUUAGAAAUAAUAAAACCAUCAGAUAUAUUCAGAUACGAAAUUGUAUAUCUGUAUCCUUUACUGAAGUACUUUACUAAGAGUUUUAUUUAUCGAGAAUCUGAAAAUUAUUUUAAAUAAAAUAGUGUAGUCCUAUUUCCCAGUUUGGUUGAUAAAAAAUACAGACAGCACAUGGAUACCAGGUGAACAUUUUUAAUUGCGUUUUCAUUUAAUUGAAAUUACCCUCACACAUCUAUAUCAUACAUCAGAUGAACUAUGUGCCCAGAAGUGUUCCCACUUCAAAUGAAAUACACUGAAUCGUGUCUGUUGUUAUUUUUUCUAUUUUUUGGUUUCAAGGUAGGAAAAUGAAAGCAUUGAAUUUGACAUAUAUGCUGGGGUUUAUUUAUUCAAAAGCCAAUGACUAUCACUGAAAUGUAACCCACACCCCACUAACUACAUUGUAUGGAGACUGAUAAUGUCAAUGCCUUUUCCGUCCCUUACGGAUUUACUAAUUCUGCACCUCACCCUUCGUGAAAUUCACCGUAGCUGCAACAUUUUAUUUUUGCUUUAAGUUUGUUGUUGCCUGUUUUUCAGCUGCACCAGUGUACUGUAUAUUUAUUUUAAAAUAGUAUUUUAAUUUCCAAAAUAUGUAUUUCUGAAUGUAACCACUAUGUUAUAUGAGACACUUGUUAAUUGUUUAGAACAAAAUGGAUUCCCUCUUUUUUUCUGUAAAACUGUGGUGAAAUAAAGGGAAUCGGUUCGUCUGCUGAUCUUGAAGAUUUAAACCAGCAUAAGAGGGCUUUUUUUUUAAAUGUCACAUUAUUGAAGAAGAUGUAUGCUCUGAUAUAUCCUCUGUAAAAAUGGUCACUUCCUAUUCAGUAUUUAUGUGUGAUUUUUAAUAAAAACCCAUAUGUGCUCCACAUAAA